GUAAAUAAGGUUGUCAAAUUUGAAGAAUUGUAAUAAAAUUAGAUUACUUAAUUAUUAAAUAACAUACUCCUGCAAUAUUGUUUGGAAAGAAGUUAUUGAUAGUUUGUGUACAAGCAAUUGUUAAAAAUUAUAAAAUAAUGUUUAGAAAUGUAUUGUCUACGACUUUUAAAAAUUUUCAGAUAAUAGCUAUUAGACAUAAACAAACUAAAUUACCCAAAAUAGACAAGAAAUUACAAGCGGCUGCAGAAUCUCUUGCUGCAAGGGGAUUUCUUCGACCAAAUAAACCAUGGGACCCACCGGCAGAAAUAGACAAAACUAUACUUAAAAUAUGCGCUGAUAAUGGGCUGAAUACUGAAUCAGAGUUUGAUUCGCUCGAUGUUAAAUACACUGUUUUGAAGGCUUGUUUUGAUGAAACAGGCCAUGGCAUUCCUAAUUCCUUGUUACAUACUAUUGAGACUGUCGAUGAUUUAAGAGAGUUUUAUGAGACACCAGUAGAUACAUCAACUCCAUUUGAUAGCUUGAAGAAAAUUGAGUUACCAAAGAAUUUGCAUGUACAAGAAAAUUAUGUCAGGUUCCAUCCAGAUAAUGAUACUCUGUUCAAUGGAAAGUCAGUAUUUCCAAAGAGUUCUACAAUUGUAUCUGGCUUAAAGACAAGAAAGAAGUUUGAAGGCUACUCUGCUAAGAGCUCCUGGCCUUAAGAAGAAAAUAUAUAUAUAGAUUAUAGAUUGUUAUACUUACAUUAAAAAUAAAUGUAAAAUAAAAGAU